AUGAGUAAACCAUCAAACACACCACCUCUUCCAAAAGAUGGGGAGAGAAAUAUUUUAAUCACAUCAGCUUUACCAUACGUAAAUAAUGUUCCACAUCUUGGUAAUAUUAUUGGUUGUGUAUUAAGUGCAGAUGUAUAUGCAAGAUAUUGUCGUUUAAAAAAUUAUAAUUGUAUUUAUAUUUGUGGUACAGAUGAAUAUGGUACAGCAACAGAAACAAAAGCAUUAUCAGAAGGAUGUACACCAAAAGAGAUUUGUGAUAAAUAUCAUGAAAUUCAUAAAGAGAUUUAUGAAUGGUUUAAUAUUUCAUUUGAUAAAUUUGGAAGAACCUCAACCAAUAGUCAAACUGAGAUUGCUCAAGAUAUUUUCAACAAGAUUAAAGAUAACGGAUAUACAUUAACUCAAGAGAUUGAACAACUUUAUUGUGAACAAACUUGUAAGAUGUUUUUAGCAGAUCGUUUUGUGGAGGGAACAUGUCCACAUUGUAAAUUUGAGGAUGCAAGAGGUGAUCAAUGUGAUGGUUGUUCCAAAUUAUUGAAUCCAACCGAAUUGAUCAACCCACGUUGCAAAGUUUGUUCAAAACCACCAGUUAUAAAAUCAACCAAACACAUUUUCAUCGACUUACCACAAUUGCAACAACAAGUGGACCAAUUUGUAGAGACAAAUUCCAAGGGCGGCAAUUGGAGUGAGAAUUCCAUUGCCAUCACCAAUACAUGGGUAAAGGGUGAAUUGAAACCACGUUGUAUCACUCGUGAUCUUAAAUGGGGCACACCAGUCCCAAUGGAGGAAUUCAAGGAUAAAGUAUUCUACGUUUGGUUCGACGCACCAAUUGGUUACAUUUCAAUCACAGCUGAAUACACCAAUGAAUGGGAGAAGUGGUGGAAAAAUCCAGAAAAUGUAAAGUUGGUACAAUUCAUGGGUAAAGAUAAUGUACCAUUCCAUACAGUGAUUUUCCCAGCCUCUUUAAUUGGUUCAAAAGAUAAUUACACACUCUUAAAUAACCUUUCAACCACAGAGUUCCUCAAUUAUGAAACUGGUAAAUUCUCAAAAUCAAGAAACACCGGUGUAUUUGGUGAUGGUGCAAAGGCAACAGGUAUCCCAAGUGAGGUAUGGAGAUUCUAUCUCUUGAAUAAUCGUCCAGAAUCAUCAGAUUCAAUUUUCAGUUGGGACGAUUUCAACUUUAAGAAUAACGAACUCUUGAAUAAUUUUGGUAAUUUAGUUAAUCGUGUAUUGAAAAUGUUGAAUACCAAUGCAGCAUUCAAUGGUGUCGUACCAAAGAUUGGCGAAUUGAAUGAGGUUGAUAAGAAAUUGGUUCAAGAAGUCGAUGAACAUUUAGUACAAUAUUUCCAAAAAUUAGAGGAGAUCUCAUUGAAGGAGGGUUUAAAGAUUGCCAUGUCAAUCUCUAAACUUGGUAAUACCUAUAUGCAAGAUAAUAAACCAUGGGAUUUAAGUGGUAAAGAUAAUGAACGUUGUGGUCAAGUCUUGGCAAUCCUCAUCAAUUUAAUCAAACUUUUAUCAACCCUCUUAGAACCAUACAUCCCAUCACUCACCGAUAAAGUCCAUCAACAAUUAAAUGUUGAACCAACUAAAUAUUCCACCCAUUUCGACAUCAAUGCAAUUCCAGCAGGUCAUGAAAUUUCAAAGGAAAUCUUACCAUUGGUAAAGAAAAUCGAAGCCGAUGACCUCAAGAAAUGGCGUACAAAAUUCUCUGGAAUCGGACCAGAAUUCCCAAUCGAUAUGAAAAUUGCCACAGUCUUGGAGGUAAAUGAUCAUCCAUCCGCAGAGAAUUUAUAUGUAAUUAAAUUAAGUUUAGGUGGUGAUCAAACUAAAACCGCAGUUUCAGGUAUUAAAGCAAACUUUGAAAAAUCCCAACUCAUUGGUAAGAAAUUGGCUGUAGUAUUAAAUUUGAAACCUUCAAAAUUCAAAGGUGUUCUCUCUGAAGCAAUGAUUCUUGUUGCUGAUGAUGGUCAAGCCACUAAAGAAAGUUUAUCAUUCUUGGUACCAUCAAAUCCACAAUCAAUUGAAGCUGGUUCAAAAAUUGCCGGUAAAGGUAUGUCAAUUAAACCAAAACCAACAAUUGAUUAUCAAAAAGAAUUCCUUCAUUAUGAUCUCACUUGUAUUGAUAAAAUUAUUAGUUAUAAUAAAUCUCAAUUAUUUAUCAAUCAAAAUGAACCUUUAGUUUCUGAAAAAAUUGGUAAUGGUAAAGUUAGAUAA